CUCCACUCGUUUCACCCCAUUAUCAAUCGUAUCCAAACGCGAGGUGGCAGCAGACACACGAAAACCACGGAGCAAAAAAGGCACAGCAGCCCCCGCACGGUUAUCAUGGCAUCCAAGCAGGCUCGAGCAGUUCAAACCAAUCGUACCGCCUCGCAGCAAGACGAUGAAGAGAGCCGUCGAGCCAUCAGUAACGUGGAGCAUCAUCCGCUGAUUCGCUUUAUCGAACUGCAAGACAAACAGAACGGUGUAACUGAAGUGCAAAUUCCCGUCCCGUACGGCAGCAUCGCUGGGAAGUGGUUUGGACCGAAAAAUGUUCGCCCCAUCCUGUGCCUACACGGAUGGCUCGAUAACAGUGGUACGUUCGAUCGGCUCAUUCCCCUACUGCCGCCCGACGUGAGCUUCCUGGCGAUCGAUCUACCCGGCCAUGGAUAUUCCUCCCGCAUCCCGGACGGUAUGUCGUACUUCCAGGUCGACUGUAUCCCACUCAUCCUUCGCAUUAUGCGCGAGUACGGCUGGUCGAAGGUGUCCCUGAUGGCACACUCCAUGGGCGCAGUGAUAAUGUUCAUCUUUGCCGCCCUGUUCCCGGACAAGGUCGAUCUACUGAUCGGGCUCGAUGCGCUCAAGCCGCUCAGCUUCUAUCCCGACCGCUUCCCGGAGCGUAUGCACAAACAGGUGCUGAAGUUUAUACAGGCCGAUCUAAGGAAUCAGGAAAAAUCGGAACCCCCAUCCUACACGUACGAAGAGAUGAUGGACCGGCUGUACGAAGGGACGGCUGCUUCGGUGUCGCGCGAAACCUGUCCCUACCUGCUGCAGCGUAACAUAAAGCCAUCGCGCAAGUUUCCCGGCAAGUACUACUUCGAUCGGGACAAUCGUAUGAAAUAUAACGUCAUUUCCGGCUGGUCGGACGAUGUCAAUGCGGAGCUGGGGAAGCGUAUAACGGCACCGUUUCUGACGGUGAAAGCGAUGGAUUCACCGUACCCCGGUUCGAAGGAGGGUUUUGACCAAAUGGUGGACAUUUUGAAGAAAGCAAACCCCAAGUAUGAGGUGGUGUACGUGCCCGGAUCGCACCAUGUACAUCUGACCGAGCCGGAACAUGUCGUACCGGUGGUGGUGGAUUUCCUGCGACGAUACUGGCAGAAGGAGGUGGACGUAGUUAGCAAGCUUUAA